AUGUCAUAUUCCUAUCUUUUCAAGUACAUUAUCAUUGGCGACACAGGUGUGGGCAAGUCAUGUCUCCUGUUGCAGUUUACCGACAAGCGCUUCCAACCAGUGCACGAUUUGACCAUUGGAGUGGAAUUUGGCGCUCGAAUGAUCAAUUUGGAGGACAAACUGGUCAAGUUGCAGAUUUGGGACACGGCCGGGCAAGAGUCCUUUCGAUCCAUUACUAGGUCGUAUUAUCGAGGAGCCGCUGGAGCGCUACUGGUCUAUGACAUUACACGACGGGAUACGUUUCAGCAUUUGAGUCGGUGGCUGGAAGAAGCUCGUCAGCACAGUCAGAGCAAUAUGGUGAUUAUGCUCAUUGGCAACAAAAAUGAUCUAGAACAUCGGCGUGCCGUCACCACCGAGGAGGGACAGGCUUUUGCUGAUGCCAAUGGACUCAUCUUUAUGGAAACCAGUGCCAAAACGGCACACAAUGUCGAAACUGCCUUUUUGAAGACGGCAGAGCAAAUUCAUGGCAAAAUCUUGUCUGGCGAAAUUGAUGCCUCCAAUGAAAGCCACGGUAUCAAAGUUGGAUUGGCCGCCUCUGGACAGCUGCCUGGAAUGCAGAGUCAACAAAGGGGGGGCUGCUGUUAA